UCAUAUUAUUUUAAAUCACAAUUUAGUAAACCUUUUUUUUUAAACUAAAAUCUAACCAACCAAACAAUACAAAACAUAAAAAAACAAAAUCAUCUCUAUUUAUUAUAAAAAUAAAUAAUAUUUGAUGUCUUGCUCAGAGACUUUAUUUAGACCUUAUUUAGAGCUGAGAGAGAGAGAGAGAGAGAGAGAGAGAGAUAGAGGGGAUGACUAAACAAAACAAAAGUGGGAGAGCAGAAGAAGAGAAGUGUUUAUAUCUGCUGUCACCUGUGGUCUCCCUCUUCCACCAGUUGAGAACUUCCAGAGAAGCUUUUGUGAUGACAGAAUUCCAGAACUCUUACACUUCCUAUAAAAAGCUUUGACAUAAACCUUCAGCAGCCACUGGAGACAAACCAUUUAAAAAUGCAUUUGCCUUUUUUGAUCACAGGGUGGAAAAAGAGCAUCUAGAAACAAACUUUGCCGGAUACUCUGAUUAUACAUUAUACAUUCAUCACCCAUUCAUUUUUUUUACGAAUGUGCUACUUCACUACUGUUUGUGUUUGUAUAAUCACCCAACACUAAAUGAUGUAAAGAUAGAAUAUUGUUCAUCUGCAUGCUCAGACUUUGUUGUAAAGGUAUCCAACAGCUGGGCUACUUCAAUAGUGACAUAUUUAUGACAUGACAAAUUCUAUUAUCAAUAAUGAGGCCAUGAGUUUACCAGAAGAAGCACACCAUGAUCUCCCCUCCUUUCCAGAGAUACUACACAUUCAUAUCCUACCACCUCUACUGUUCGUGCCUUUCCUUUUUAAGGCAGAUUAGACCAACCAUCUCUGCCGGCCUGUUCAUUAGCCACAAGUGCCGCUCUAACAAGGUGAAAAUGUCAUAUUUUCUCAAGCUAUUGUCAGCGCAUUUACAAAUUGCAGAGCAAUGCAAUGACAUCAAUGGUGGUAAUAUAGGAAAACACAGACCGAAUGCGAUUCAAAUUUGGAUUGAAUAAACUUUAUGGAUUUGUUAUUUCAAAAGAGGCCCUUGGCUUCUUGAGCUUUAAGAGAUCACUAAAAAAUAAAUAAAACUCUGCCAUAAUUUACUUGGUCACAUUCCAAAUCUGUUUGACUUUGACGUCUUUCAUAGAACACAAAAUGGUUAUGCAGAAAAUUAGGGAUCAAAUUGCCCAGGCUUACAGUUCAAUUUGACUGUAAAUUUUAAGAAAUCUUAUCAAAUCUGUCAUCUUGUAUCAAGAAUUAAGACAGCUUGGGUGUGAGUUAAAGAGAAAGGAUGGGAGAAUUGAUUUCAGAUGGGGGUGGGUUGGACAAGAUGGCAUGAGUGGAGCUAUAGAACUUUGGGGUGGUUUGAGAGGGAGGGAACAAGAGGGAUUAAUCUACAAAUAGCCACACACAUCCAUGCCCUUCGCUCCCUUCUAUCUCUGUCUUCUCCGCAGGGUCUGUGCUUGUCUGCUCUGUGGUCCACCAUGAGCCACUCUUACGCCUCCUCAGCAUCCUCUUCAUACCGCCGAGCAUUCGGCAGUGGUCCAGUUUACCACACACCACCCAUGUCCCGUGCCGUCUUCGGUCGAGCUUCUGCCGGAGGGUCUGGUGGCUCUCGGGUCAGCUCCAGAGUCUAUGAACUUAAGUCCACCUCUUCGUCUCCGGGAUUCUCCAAUUACCGAGCUUCUUCCUACAGUAUGCCCAACCUGUCUAUGGGCUAUACCCGCUCCGGUGGAAUGGGAGAGACACUGGACUUCAGCCUGGCCGACGCGAUCAACCAAGAGUUUCUCCAAACUCGCACCAAUGAGAAAGUUGAGCUGCAGCACCUUAAUGAUCGCUUUGUCAACUACAUCGAGAAGGUCCGCAUGCUGGAGCAGCAGAACCAGACUCUGGUGAUUGAGGUGGAGCGGUUGAAGGGGCGGGAGCCCACGCGCAUCGCCGACCUGUACGAGGACGAGAUGAGGGAAAUGAGGAGAGAGAUUGAAGUGGUGACCAAUCAGAGAUCUCGUUUUGAGGUUGAACGUGACAACCUGGCUGAUGACCUACAGAAGUUGAAAAUGAGGCUUCAGGAGGAGAUCGCACUCAGGGAGGAAGCAGAGAAUAAUCUGACCGCUUUCAGAGCAGACGUGGAUGCUGCCACCCUGGCCCGCCUGGAUCUGGAAAGACGUAUUGAGACCCUCCAGGAAGAGAUUGCAUUCCUCAAGAAGAUCCAUGAGGAGGAAAUCCGGGAAUUGCAGGCACAGAUGCAAGAGACCCAAGUCCAGAUCCAGAUGGACAUGUCUAAACCAGAUCUGACAGCUGCCUUAAGAGACAUUCGGGCUCAAUAUGAGGGCAUCGCUGCAAAGAAUAUAGCAGAGGCUGAGGACUGGUACAAGUCAAAGGUGUCAGACCUAAACCAAGCAGUGAGCAAGAACAACGAGGCUCUCAAACAGGCCAAGCUGGAGAGCAUGGAGUUCAGACACCAGAUCCAGUCCUACACCUGUGAGAUCGACUCCCUCAAGGGCACUAACGAAUCUCUCAUGAGGCAGAUGAGAGAUAUGGAGGACCGUCAUGGUCGGGAGGCAGGCACUUUUCAGGAUAACAUCGCCAGGCUGGAGGCGGAGAUUGCUAACAUGAAGGACGAGAUGGCACGUCACCUACGAGAAUACCAGGAUCUGCUCAAUGUUAAGAUGGCCCUGGAUGUGGAGAUUGCCACCUACAGGAAACUGCUGGAGGGAGAGGAGAGCAGGAUUGUGAUGCCCAUGCAGGCCUAUUCUACAAUAAGCUUUAGAGAAACGAGUCCAGAGCACCAUCACAGAGCCUCUGAGAUGCACACGAAGAAAUCCGUCCUCAUCAAGACCAUUGAGACACGUGACGGAGAGGUGUGAUGCACGCGAAUGGGUGGUGAGCGAGUCUACGCAGCACCAGCAAGACGUCAUAUAAACGCCUUAACUUCUUUCUGCAAGCCAAAGAAUCAAGACAAAAUAAAAGCUUUAGGACAGUUAAUCAUUCUGUACUUUUCUCAUUUUUCACAUCUUAGUAAUAAGAGCACAUUUGCAUGAGUGGGAUGAGAGGAAGUCAGUUUCCUCUCAAAUCUGUACUUGUAAUGAGCUCAAUUUCCUGUCUAGUUGGAAUGAUGGAAGAUAGAUGGGUUUUCUCUCAAAUAUAAAUAAAGCUAAAGAAGGAACGACAGAAGUUAGAAAAUAUGUAAGAAAAUAAAGAAUGGGAGGUUGGUGUGGAGAAGACAGAGGCAGAAAACAGAGCAAGCUGACAUAAAGGGAGUAAAGUUUAAAGAUGGUUGCAAGCAUAACAAAG